CAAUACUUUUACUUUUUUUACUUCAUUCGUUCUUUUCAGUGCUGCCACUACAAAAAAAAAUACCUAUUUGCUGUUUAAGCCAACAUUAAAAUCACCAUCACUUUUGCAUUGUGUUGUAUUAACAUGUCACUUGAUAAAAAAAAGAAGGAAUAUGUCAGUGUCAGACAGAGACUGACAAUCCAAUCCAAUUUUAAUUUUUAGCUAAUUUUGGUCAGCGACAUUGUUUUCCGUCUCCUCUUCUCAUUAUCCUUAAUUAAAACAAUCAAUGGUAACUUAAAAGUAUAGCCGAAGUACUAAACAUGAAAGAAAAAUGGAAUUUUAUUUUAUACCUAUUAUGGUUUUCUUAUUUGAUUAUGUCCGCUGUGCUCAUGUUCGGCCAGGGUUUUCUUUUAUCCCGCAAGACUUUGAGCGAUGUGACUAAAUGCGUGCCUUUAAGCAGGGUCGGGUGCGACGGUCGAGAGACGAACUCUAGUCAAGUUUCGUGUAGUGAAAAUGAGAAGAUCCGUCGUAUUUUAUCUAAUCCUGGUGCGCCGAUAGUGUGCGCGGGUGAACGGAACAGGGUUAUGUUUGUGUUGGUGGACGCGUUACGUUACGACUUCACGGAGUUUGACGAGAGUUUGGUCAAGCCUCUGCCGUACCAGAACCGACUGCCGGUGAUCCGGCGAUCUUUGGAGCGCUGGCCUGAUCGCGCGCGACUGUUCCGCUUCAUGGCCGAUCCGCCCACCACCACGUUGCAGCGCAUCAAAGCGCUAGUCACAGGGUCGUUGCCCACUUUUAUAGAUGUCAGCUCUAAUUUUGCUGCUGUAGAAAUGCAGGAAGAUAAUACAAUUGACCAGUUGUAUAGAACAGGAGGCAAGGCUGUCCUGCUGGGAGAUGACACUUGGUCUCGAAUUAUUCCAGGCAGAUGGAUGAGAUCCCAUGCUAUGUACUCAUUCCACACUUGGGACUUGGAUACUGUUGAUUUAGAAAUAGAUUCUAAAAUAUAUGACGAGGCAUUAAAACCUGACUGGGACCUACUCCUAGCCCACUACUUAGGAGUAGACCAUGCAGGCCACAGAUAUGGUCCUAUCCACCCGGAGAUGACCAGAAAACUUGAGGAAACAAAUACUAGACUGGAAAAGAUUAUAGAAACGCUGCCACCCGAUGUCCUACUUUAUGUCAUUGGUGACCAUGGCAUGACUGAGACAGACUGGCAUACAUGGAAUGAUGGUGACCAUGGCGGAGAAAGCAAAGCCGAGCGUACAGCAGCCUUUUUCGCAUACUGCGGCGCCGGGUUCUCAGAUGUGGACACAUCUCCACCGGGCAGUGAAGUGCAACAAACAGAUUUCACACCUACAGUCAGCGCGGCGCUUGGAAUGCCGCCACCGGCGCCUUCACUAGGGAAUCUUCAGCUGUCUGUGCUACCUAAAACCACUGUGCCUGUUAUGCUGUUGCAGAUGACUAAUGUUUUAAAACAGAUAUCACAAUACCUAGUAAGGUAUGGCGAGGAGUCCACUCAAGUGCCCCUCGAUAAACUAGCCGUGCUGAUAAACGCGACGAGGGACCAGAUGAGCAAAGCCUCUGCUGUAGAGACUGUUGAAGAACUGAAUGUUUUUAUCGCAGAUGUUAAGGCAUUGGUCAACACAACACGCAGCAUAUUUCGCGAAGUAUGGGUUGAAUUCGACUCUUUAUCAAUGCUAAGAGCAUUACUGCUCUUCAUCCUGGCCAUAUUCUUCAACUGGCUCGUCACUGAGGGGCUCCCAAUAGACCGCGUCCCGCUAAUAUUCGCGAGCUCAUUCGUUCCGACUGGAUAUAUAUCUAUGGCUGUCUGCAUAGGGAUAUGCUAUACUGCGUAUUAUUUUCAACUAAUUGAAAACGUCCUACACUCAAUAAUUUUAAGCACCGGCAUAGUGUCUGGAGUGUUGACAGGCGCUUUGGUCGUAAUGCAUUGGGACGGUAUAUCCACAAGAUGGUAUGAAGGACGAUCAACGUUUUACGAGCGAUUCGCUAGAGGCGCCCUAGUCGCUUCUGCUGCAGUUUUAGUGUCAAACAGCUACAUAAUAGAAGAAGGAGCCGGCUUAGCCUUUCUAUCUUUAUCAGUACUCGGUUUGAUGGCGUGGAAUGUGGGAACAUUGAAAGCGGCAGGGCUGUGGGCUUGCUUUGGAGUGGUGCUGGCGUGUUCGCGGCCUUAUAGAGGAUGUCGGGAGGAGCAGGGGGAUUGUUGGACGUCGGGCGGCGCGGCCAAUCGGGAGCAGGCGUCUAGGGCGGCGCUAGUGCUGGCACUAGGGUCAGUGGCCGGGUUGGUGGCGGUGGGGCGGCGCGCCGCGGGCUGGCGCGGGCUGGCGGCGGCCGCGGCCGGGCUGCUGGCCUGCGCGCACUGGGCCGUGGGCUGGGGCGCGCUAGGAUCAGCGGGCCGCUCGCGACUCCUGGCGCGCUUGGCCUGGCUAGUCCUGGCCGUCGGCCUGGUGCUCCUGGUGCGGCGCGACGGCCGCGGGGCUGUUCUGCCUCUACUCGUGUGCUCGCUGCUAAUCUAUGUCGCUAACACAUUGGUGCUCGGCGCGGCUUAUGCUCCGGCCGCGGCGAUAGCACUACUUUCUGGUUAUUUGGCUUUGAAUAUCGUGGCGCUGUUGAAGACCGACGGAUCUGCUAAAUCAUCUAUGGCGACCCGCUGCAACUCCAGCGUUGCGUGCCUGUGGGUGCUGCUGGGCUCGUACCACUUCUACGGCACCGGGCACCACGCCACCAUCGGCCACAUCCGCUGGUCGCCGGCCUUUCAUGCCGGGGACCCGCAUUAUACCAGCUUCGGCCCGCCCAUCAUUGGUCUCUUCGUACUAAUAGAAUUAUUCGGCAUGCCCCUGCUGUUCGGCGCAGCGGCCCCGCUGCUGGCGCUGUGGCGCGGCGCGGGCGCGGCGGGCGCGGCGGGCGCGGCGGGCGCGCGCGCGCAGCUCACGGCCGUCUUCCUCGUGAGCCUCAAGUUCGCGCUCUGCUUCGCAGUCAGGUCGUUCGUGUGCGCCCUGUCCGCCACCAUCCACUGCCGGCACCUGAUGAUCUGGGGCGUGUUCACGCCGAAGCUCCUGUUCGAGGCGGGCGCGUGCGGCGCCGCGCUGCUGGGCGCCACGCUCGGCGCCGCCAUCGCCGUCUGGCACACUCCCCUCCAGCAGAGAAACAGUUGACACAAACAAUAAACCUAGCCAAGGAUGAUGACUCAAAUAUUAGGUUACUGGACGUUGAAUUGGCUGUUGCAUGUUGUGAUUGAUUUGUUAAUGAGAGAAGCUAAAGUCAAAGAAAAUGAGAUGUGAAAAUAUUUAUUUUUAUUAGAUGGCCAUCUUGUAUCGCCCGUAGUAUAUAUGGGAUGGGCUUUUUAGGGAUGCCAUUUAGUGAGACUACUAUUUUUAUAGUAGGAGUUUUGUUUGACAUAGUAAUAUCCUUUGUUCUGAAGAUCGUCUGUCAUCAACUUAGUUUGGAAAACAAACACAAAUUCGAAUGAUGUAAUAAUUUAUGUCUAUUUAGUCAUAAAGGAAAAAACUACCACCGUCAGAGUAGAUAUAAAUAACGAGAAGAAAGAUUGUUUCGCAAAAAGGUGUUGUAGACGAGAACCUCUAAUGUUGCCAGGCUGAAAAGUGGUACCGUUACCCCCACCAGGCCUUUGAAUUUCCCCGUUACAAUUCUCAUAUAUUCACCGUCGAAACAAUCGCGCGACCCUUCAAUCAAUUAUUUUUAUAUUUUUUCAAACAUUUUAAAUUAAGAAAAAUAAUAUAUUUUGUAAACACAAAACAUGUCAAUGAUAAGGUAAUUAAACCUAUUUAAAUGUAUAUCAAUCAGGUAGUGCAAGUGCGCUAAGAGUUAGACUCAAAUAAGUCCGAUUUGUGAAAAGGGAGUGUACUAUUUUCGAUGGUGUGAAUGUAUGAGAAUUUCGAGGGGCAAAUUCAAGAGGCUGAUGGUAGAAACGGCACCACUUUUUAGCCUGCCUUUUAGCAGCCCAGGAACACCACCACAGGGAUCAGAAGUCAAACCAGAGAAUUUUAAAUAGGUGGAUUGUCAAAGAAAACUUAGUAGCCACAGUAAAUUUACUGCCGUCUUUCGAGACAUGAUUAAAACUUCUAGAACGCCAUUUGACUUUGAUCCUUAUUCUUUCACUGAUGUAUUAAGUUUGUAUCAAGUGGGCUAUCUUAAGCCGCGUUUUCACUUAAUGCUCUGAACAGUUCUGAGCGAGAAAUCGUUCGUUCGUUCGGUUAAUGGAAACACCAACACUAUCGCUGCCGCGAAACGAUGCCGCAGACCUUUGGUCUAUGAUCUAGUAUUCGUGACACUCGUUUGUGCUAAUAUGCUUUAGACCAUAAUAUUGGAUACGAAUUGAAAUUUUAUUGUUUUAUGCCAAUCAAUGUUGGUGGAUGGCAGUAUGUAUGAUAUAGCUUUAUACUAGUUUUUGCAUUUUAAGCAUUUCGUGUCAUUUAUAAUUAUAAUUUUGAAAUUGUAUGGCUGGUACAAUUUAAAAACUCCAUUGAGACAGGGUUUGAGUUGUGGUUAGUGAUUGUACCCAUUUAUUGUCAAAUUAGGUAAUUUCAAACAGUCCCCUCCUUACUUUGGACAGGGAGGGAGUUCCUCCCAGUGACGAUGGCAAAAAAAUAGUUUUAAUUUUCAAUGUGGUCUAAUCUAACGGACUAUUAUGAUGUUUCAUGUAAAAUGAGAUUGUAACCGACACUGCCGUAGAGCCUGUUUGUUGAAAUUUUAAACGAUCGUUGUAGCAAAGAUAAUGUAAAAUUUUAUCAAAUUAAACCUAAGUAGUGACUCGCGUUAUCUGCGAUCAUAGAAAAGUGAACCAAAUCGUAUAGGGGCUUUUGACGUGAACUCGACUUUAUAAAUUGUUGCUUAUACCACAGUAUAAGGAAGGUGUCUUUUUAGAUUAUACUUUAUGCAAAAGUCGCAAAACUAAGUGGCGAGUCAGUCAUCUCUUUCACUCUUGGUUGGUCUUAACAAGGGUAAAGGAGAUAGCAUUAUGAUCUCAGACGCCAGUUAGUUUUACGAUAAGUAUAGUAGUCAUUAUCACCUGUUUAAAUUAGACGUGAAAUUGAAGUUAUUGUAAUCAUUUUGCAUUUAAAAAAGUCUAGGUACAAUGUAUGAAACUCAUGAUGUGUUUCCAUGUGGCCAUUGGCACUGGUGCUCAAAGAUUAUUUCAGAAGUAUUUUUCGUUGGUUGCUUGUAUCAAAUUAUCUUAGGUAGAGUAAAUCGUCUAUUCCUGGCCAUCUUAUACUAAAAAGUUCCCGUUUAAUAUUCACACAAUAGGCGGGUCCACACAGAGCGAGCAUACGCGCGAGGCAAUUUCCUCACGUACAAGCCGGCCAGUGUAGACGUGCCUCGGCCGAGGCAGCGGGCGCGUUUUACUCUCCUGAGCGCGCUGCCUCUGCCGAGGCACGUCUACAGUGGCCGUUGUGUGGACCUGCCUAAUCCGAGUAAAAUUUCAGAACGAAUGUUAUUUGAAACUGAUUUAAACUUACACGACUUUUACACAUUAUUAACUCAUACAAACUGGACUUAAUUGCGUUUUAGGUUUAGUUGUGGGUAGUUCGAAAAACUCGCGCGGCUAGAUGUUGAUGUCAACUUUAGCCAGUCUUCUCAGAGACCACGGGGACAACGCCGUCUUCGAAACGUUGGAGGUAAAUUUAAAACUUAAUACGCGAUAAGUCCCGUUUCUAUGAGUUAACCCUUUUCCAGGUUAACGAUUUAUCGACCACAUAGGCGCCAAUAGAAUUUCAACGUAAGUAUUUCGAUUUAAGUUUCAAAUUAGAUUUUACUUUCGGAAAAAUGUGACUUGUUUUCAAAUGAGUCAUCAAAGCUUUAUUGGAAUAUAUUUAAAUUUUUUGGGAAAACCUCGUAGAUAUUGGUGUGGCCUGGAAAAGGAUUAAGAAUGUUAUUUGGUUGGUGAAUUCUUAUUUUAGUCAUUUUAGUGUGUCCAGCUAUUGGAAAGUGGCCAGUAAUAGACGAUUUACCCUACCUAACGAGGCUGUCUUUACCAGUUUAAUGGGCGUGGCAUGUGUACAUAUUUUAUUAAGGUAAUGUAAUAUUUAAUAUACUUAUGUAAAUUAUAUUCAUCAUCACUGCCAACAAAUGACCAUGAUGCUUUUAUAGUUCAUUACUAAAUUUUAAAUGAUAUUGUAUUUUAAUGUUGACAAAAUUGCUGUUUGACUGAAAAUUAGAUAAUGACCUCUGUAAUAAUUUGUUUUGCCGUCGGCUAACGUUUUAGCUGAUAUCAGUCUUUUCCAAAAACAUCCGAUAGGGAUGAAUAUAUUAUGACAGUUAUAUUAUAGCAGUCAUUAUAGAAAUGUAGAGAAUCAACAUUAUGUUUUAGCAAAUUGAGUAGAAUAUGCAGUGGAUUGUACCAUCAGUAUUUUAUGUAAGCUAGUCAUCAUGCCUUACAAUCCAGCACCUUGCAUAAGGUCUUUGGUGUAUUUUAAAGAGAAGCCAAAGUAGUAUCUUCAUUUGUGUGCUUUAUAUUUUAUUACGGCGUUAUGAGAGUAAUUGUUCUCUUUUAUAAUUUUAAAUAAAUUAAUAAACUU